AUGGCAACACUAGAGAAGCAGGACACUAAGAUGGCAACACAAGCGAAAGAGAAAGGCAAGGCAAGUGAGCUAGAUACACAUUCAAAGGUGGGCGAAGAAGGAGAUGGGUCUAAGACCCCAGAUGCGGUUGUUAGAAACCCGAAAGUUGGGGCAAAGAUCUUUGCAAAUGUGGAAAGUGCUGUUGAGAAGAAGAAGAAUGUUGCCUUUAUUGAUAUGACUAAAGAGAAGAGUGAAGUGGAAAAGUAUGGAAAACCUGAUGUUAAGUCCCAUAAGAAGACUGUUGUUGAGUUUUUUGAUAUGACUAAAGAUGUGACACCUACUCCAAAAGGUAAGCAUCCUUCACCGGUCCCAACUUAUUCUGACCUACAGGAAGAGAAGGUCAACAAAACAUUGGGAGGUGCAUUAAAUAAGCUUCUUGACUUGACAAAGAAUGAUGAUUUCGGUGUCCUCAAACGUCGUAAAAUGACUCUUGCAAAAACCCAAGUGGACCCAUUCAUAGGAAACUCUGAAACUUUACGGAUCAUGUAUGGUGAAACUCCUUCUCCUGCUGUCUACGAUCUUUUUGCACCGGUGGACAAGUCUAAACUGGAUCGGUUGCUUGCGUACGUGAAGACUGAUUUGGAAAAUCCAUUCGACAAUAGCCUUGCUGGAGUAGAAUUAUACUUGGGAAUUAUGACACCUAAACACUUGUGGCCAGCAGACAAUCCCAGCUAUGGGUGGUUGAGUACGGGGGUAAAUUUCAUUACAUCUCAUACUGGUUGA